CCCUCCCUCCUCCCUGCGAGCUCUCUCCCUCUCUCUCCGUCGCGCUUUCUCUCUCGCGCACUUCAAUGAGCCUUAUUGGUGCAACUGUGAGCGACCAUCAUCUGUCCACUGGAUUCCCAUCGUCAUCUUGCCGAACAUAUGCAUUUGCCCAGCUUCUUCCCAAGGAGUUGAACAGAGUGGUUGUAGUUGACAAAAAUGGCACGGAGCCUGGUGCUGUUGCUACUCUGGCUCCUCGACUCAUCGUCGGCGGGAUUUCCAAAUCAGAUUAAUAUCGGGGGUCUCUUCAUGCGCUCCACGGUGCAGGAGCACAGCGCCUUCAGGUUCGCGGUGCAACUCUACAACACCAACCAAAACACCACCGAGAAGCCUUUCCACCUCAACUACAACGUAGACAACCUGGAGUCGUCUAACAGCUUCUCGGUCACCCACGCGUUUUGUUCCCAAUUCUCCCGCGGAGUGUACGCCAUCUUUGGAUUCUACGACAAAAAGUCCAUGAACACCUUGACGUCAUUCUGCGGAGCUCUGCACACCUCCUUCGUCACACCCAGUUAUCCCACCGACAACGAGGUGCAGUUUGUCAUCCAGAUGCGUCCUGCGCUCCGAGGAGCAGUCCUCAGUCUGAUCUCGCACUACAAGUGGCAGAAGUUUGUCUACCUCUACGACACAGACCGAGGCUUCUCCAUACUGCAGGCCAUCAUGGAGGCGGCGGUGGCCAACAACUGGCAGGUGACCGCUCGCUCUGUCAGCAGCACCACGGAUGCGGCGGAGUUCAAACGCAUCAUUGAGGAGAUGGACAGGAGGCAGGAAAAGCGCUUUGUGAUUGAUUGUGAGGUGGACAGGAUCAACACCAUAUUAGAACAGGUUGUGGCCCAGGGGAAGAACAGUCGUGGCUACCACUACAUUCUGUCCAAUCUUGGAUUUUCUAACGUGAGUUUGGACAAAGUCUUUACCGGAGGAGCCAACAUUUCAGGGUUUCAGAUAGUCAACCCUGAGAACCCCAUUGUGCAGCAGUUUAUGCAGCGCUGGGAGCGCCUAGAUGAAAGAGAAUUCCCAGAAGCCCGGAAUGCUCCUCUGAAGUACACAUCAGCGCUGACACACGAUGCCAUCCUGGUGAUAGCAGAGGCCUUCCGCUACCUGCGGCGCCAACGUGUGGACGUCUCUCGCCGUGGCAGCGCCGGAGACUGCCUUGCCAAUCCCGCCGUCCCUUGGAGCCAAGGCAUCGAUAUCGAGAGAGCUCUCAAAACGGUCCAAGUGAAGGGGAUGACUGGCAACAUCCAGUUUGACAACUAUGGCCGUCGAACCAACUACACCAUAGAUGUGUAUGAGAUGAAAAUAGGUGGGCCAAGGAAGAUCGGGUACUGGAACGAGUUCACACGCUUUGUAAAUAUAAUGGACCCGCAGGUCACCAACGACUCCUCAGUGGAAAACCGAACGAUUGUGGUCACUACUAUUAUGGAAGCUCCGUACGUGAUGUACAAGAAAAAUUAUAUGCAUCUGGAGGGGAAUGACAGAUAUGAAGGCUACUGCGUCGAUUUAGCAUCUGAGAUUGCCAAACAUGUUGGAAUUAAGUACAAACUGUCUAUAGUAAUGGAUGGGAAGUAUGGAGCCCGAGACCCCGAGACCAAGGCGUGGAACGGGAUGGUGGGUGAACUGGUCUAUGGGAGAGCAGAUAUAGCUGUUGCACCUCUCACCAUUACUCUGGUUCGAGAGGAGGUGAUAGACUUUUCCAAGCCAUUUAUGAGUUUGGGCAUCUCCAUUAUGAUAAAGAAGCCGCAAAAGUCCAAGCCCGGCGUUUUCUCCUUCCUGGACCCACUGGCCUAUGAGAUCUGGAUGUGUAUAGUGUUUGCCUAUAUUGGGGUGAGCGUGGUUCUGUUCCUGGUCAGUCGGUUCAGUCCUUACGAAUGGAACCUUGAGGAACAGGAUGAGACCAAAGAUCCUCAGAUGCCCCCUGAUCCUCCCAAUGACUUUGGAAUCUUCAAUUCUCUUUGGUUUUCUCUGGGCGCCUUCAUGCAGCAGGGCUGUGACAUCUCCCCAAGGUCUCUCUCAGGCCGUAUAGUCGGUGGUGUGUGGUGGUUCUUCACCCUCAUCAUCAUCUCAUCCUACACAGCCAACCUGGCUGCUUUCUUGACGGUGGAGAGGAUGGUCUCUCCUAUAGAGAGCGCUGAGGAUCUGGCAAAGCAGACAGAGAUAGCAUAUGGCACUCUGGACUCAGGUUCCACUAAAGAGUUUUUUAGGCGAUCCAAAAUAGCCGUCUAUGAGAAGAUGUGGUCAUACAUGAAAUCAGCCGAACCCUCGGUGUUUGUUAAGACCACACCAGAUGGCGUGGCCCGGGUACGCAAGUCAAAGGGCAAGUUCGCCUUUCUCCUCGAGUCCACCAUGAACGAGUACAUAGAGCAGCGGAAGCCCUGCGACACCAUGAAAGUGGGCGGGAACCUCGACUCCAAAGGCUACGGAGUGGCGACGCCCAAAGGCUCAGCAUUAAGAAAUGCUGUUAACCUGGCAGUUUUAAAACUGAAUGAGCAAGGCCUCUUGGACAAAUUGAAAAACAAAUGGUGGUACGACAAGGGAGAGUGCGGCAGCGGGGGAGGUGACUCCAAGGACAAGACAAGCGCUCUCAGCCUAAGCAAUGUGGCUGGAGUCUUCUAUAUUCUGGUUGGAGGGCUGGGGCUGGCCAUGAUGGUGGCCCUGAUUGAGUUCUGUUAUAAGUCACGGCAAGAAACCAAACGGCUGAAAUUGGCCAAGAGUGCUCACAAUUUUAAGCCAACUCCCCCAACAAACACUCAGAACUUUGCCACAUACAGAGAAGGCUACAAUGUAUACGGAACGGAGAGUGUUAAGAUUUAGAGGUUUAGCAAAUGUUUCCAUCGUCCCGUACAAAUGUGAUUAAAUAUCUCUGAAAAGGACAAGGAUGACGAGAAUGGAGCCAAAUCCUUUUGGGCCGGAGACUGGUACUGUAUGAUAAUCUGCAAUGACGACACGACUGGACUGGUCAUGGGAAGAGCCGAUUCCCCUCCUCUCAGUGCCUUAUGGAGAGUCCAAUCAAUGCAACACAUUCUCAAUGAUAUCGCUUUUUGCUUGAAACUCACACAAAAGAGAAGAGUUGAGGGUCAGAGGGAUAGUAUCAUAUAUACAGUUGAGUACAUAUAGAAUACAUGUAAUGUGAGUGAAUUAAAGCCAUCAUUUUGCAACCCUAAGCACAUUUUGAAGUGCCAAAAGAUGAAUCUUAGAUGGCGGGAGAAUAAUUGGUUUCUUGUAAAAGCAGAUUACUCCUCAUUCUCCUGCUGCCGGGUUCUCACUAGUUAUAUAUCUCUAUAUAUAUUCAAAUGUGUUCUUUCUAUCGUGUCAGUGCACCGCCGGACACUGAUUAUGACACAAUUAGAUUUUUUUACUAAUCCCCCUCCCCCCACUUCCUCCAUUAAUGGAUUCAUCUUCCUGAAAUACCAUUUGAAACAGUUCAGAGUGUGUUGUUUGUACUCUUGGUGCCACAGACACACACCACACAACCGGGUCAAGACGUGCACUUUCAAUACUGCCAACUGUGUGUGUGUGCGCGCGCGUGUACGUAUACGUGUCGUAAGGUUGCUCACCACCCCUAAAGUCCUCCACAUUCUCUGUGACGGAAGUAGAACCAAUACAAUAAAAGGGAAAUCAACCGUAGGUGAACUGAUGAAUCUAACAAAAGGAUACUCGUUAAGGCUUUCAAACUGUACUAUGUGGACUAUCGUCCCAUUUUUAUUUGAUUUUUUUGCACAUAAGUACAUUUGAAAAUGAACUGUGCUUUUCACUUUGCUUUCCUUUCAAGAGCAUUACAUUGUUUGGUGAUUUCACGUUGUAAAAUAAAAAGAGAUUACGAAAGGGUUGCACCAGGGCGGUUCUGCAAGCUUAGCACAUGUCGAUAUUGCUGUAACAAUUACUUUCCCAAAAAGGCUGUGAUUCCAUAGAAUUUUUAGGAUGAUACUUAAAUCACCAGAAUCUGUGGGCAAAUACUUUUUUCAUGUAAGAAAAUAAAAAAUCAUAAUGUGAAGAAAACAGCUGAAAUGUGUUUGGAUGAACAUGAACUGUUAAUAUUACAUGACGAAAGAUUGGUCUUUAUUUUUCUUUGGGGGUUUUUUUCCCAGCAAAAAAAAAAAAAAAUGCAUGUGUUGCUUGAUGAGCCCUACAAAUCAAAAACUGACAUUAGAUUAGAAAUUCAGCCCUGUUUUUUUUUUUUCACUUUUCACCUUUUUUUUUUUUUUUUUUUUGCAAGGCUCACCUUUCUGGGAGAUCACCAGGCAUUGUAGUGGGUAGAAAAGAGCAAGAAAUGCAUGCAUAAUUUACUGAACCUCAUUAGCGAGGCAAUGUACAGAGAAUUUUAAUACAUUUUGUAAAUAAAGUGUACAGAAAGGUU